UCCACACUCACUUACACACAUUAUCUAUCCACCAUGGUUACCACUCGCGGCGGUCACGACACCAACAGCCCGGCUUCCGUCACCCGCUCCGGCCGGAAGAGAGUCCUCAACGACGACAAUCAAACCCCCACCCGCCAGAACAAGCGCAAUCGUGCCUCUCUGGACCAUGUCAAUGUGCCCAAGAUCGGUCUGGCCGACGAAGACGUCCUGAGCCCCGCCGCGAAAAGGGCCCUGGAAAAUACACAAAGGGAAGAAUCGACGCCCAAGAGGGGCAGAGGCCGCCCCAAAAAGUCCGAAGCCGCUCCCGACUCCUCGCCCGCAGACGAGUCCGUCUACGGCACCCCGGCCGGCACCCAGGACACGCCCUCGGUCUAUGCCACGCCCGCCACCACCCUGCGCCCCAAUGUGCGGCCCACGCCUGGCUCCGCGACGCCGCUGACCCGCAUGAUGCGCGCGAACAAGUCGACGCCGUCGAAGCCGUCGAAGCUGUCGCAGACGGUCGAGGAAAAUGAUAACGAUGAUGAGGAGGAAGAGGAGGAGGAGGAAGAGCCCACGCCCAAGGCUGCGGCGGCAAAGCCAGCUCCGAAGAACACGCGCAUCCGCUUCGGCAGCGAGGAGCCGCCCGAGACCAGCGCGAGGAACGAGGUGCCGUCAUCGAGCGCAGAGCCAGAGGAGGAAGACGAGAGCGACGACGACGAGGCGCCCGAGGCCGUGUCGGCCACGGCAGCGCAGGAAAAGGCACAAGCAGCCGAGAAAGAAGCCGCCAAGGCCAUUGAGAAGCAAGAAGAAGCACGGCAAAAGAAGCGGGCCGAGCACGCGGCGCGGCAGCGCGACGAAGCCCUCGCCGCCAAGGCCAAGAAGGAGAAGCAAGACAAGCGGCUGCAGAAGCUGGCGCUCGCGGCGGCGGCGGACGACGGCUCGGCCGCCUCGACCACGGCGCCCAGCAGCGCAACGCUGACGCACGCGCCCGCCGCCGCCUUCUCGGCGCGCAACCUGCCCGCCCUGCUGCCCGAGUCGCUGCUGUCUGCCGCACCGGCAGUGCGGCCGCCGACGCCUGAGCCGCCCGCCGCGCACCAGUCCCUGCUGCUGCUGCAGCACCAGCAGCAGCAGCGCCGGCACCUGAAGUUUGCGGACCCCGAUGCGAAGCCCGCCAAGGAUGUGCGCAAGGGCCCUGUCAAGGUGCGCGUGCUCGACAAGGCGAAUCGCGUGUUGCCGCCCAAGGUGAGCAAUGGGAGCAAGGGGCUGAGGGACGGGUGGUUGGCGGGGAGACGGGGCGGGCCGGAGAGGAAGAAGGUCGGGGGCGGGUUUUUGAGGAAGUGAUGUGGGAUGGAUGAGUGUGUUGGGGUAGGUGGACAUGGAGUGUCUGUUGAAAAGAGGGAGAAGCAGUUGUUCGACCAAUUUGGACUGGCUGGAUGAAGAGAAAGGGGGUAAGGAACCGUAAAAGCGGACCGAGGCGGUCGGCAUGCAUGCGGUUUUGCUACAUAUGUCAAGGCAUGGAUCGGGCGUUAUGGGUUGAUUGGUUGGUUCACGUAGGUGGGUAGGGGCGAAGCGAUAGUAUAAGAGUAUAGUAGUAGACGUAAAAAAGCUGGAAGCAAUUAAGCGCAGAAGACAACAAGGCAUUUAGUACGCAGACGCGUUGAGAGGAGAAGGAAAGGGAAGAAAGAGAGAACAGAAGAAUACAAUACAGCGGUU